AAUAAAUAUUUAAUACUGAUUUUUAAUUAAAAAAAAAAAUAAUAAGAAGAGUCUGCCAGGUCCCUUCUCAGUCCGAUUACCAAAUAUUUAAAAUCCAUUCUCUUUCCUCUCUGAACUUUGACUUAUCUUUCUUCUUCGGCGUCGUUUCUCUCUUGCCUUUGAAGCUUUCCCUGUAACUCGUGUUCUUCUCCUUCCAAUAAAGUUCAUCUCAAUUGGGCUUCAAAUUCAACUUUUCUGAUUUGCAUACAGAAAAUUUCUAAUUUGCGUCUUAGCUGCCACAGAGAGAUGGGCAGUUCAAGCAGAGAACUUCUGCAUUUGGAGCAAAAGAAUCUCUCAGCCGCCUCUUCUAUUGAAUCCACACUUCUUGUCUGUAAAAGGGAGUCGGUCUCCCAUACCAAGAAAGCCCCACCAGAUGGAAAGCCCACUACUAGUCCAGUUGCCCAAAGCCAAGUUCUGGGAAAAGUGAAAGACUUCCUAGGAUUCAUAUCUGAAGCCAAUAAACGGUUGCAGAAAGCUGCUGAGGACAAUUCUCUGAACUAUGAUAUUGAAGUGCUCACUGGAACUGAAUCUGAAGUCAUUGAAAUGGAUUUAAUGCUGGGUAUUGCUGAUCUUCAUACUCCUGAAGCUAUAGCUGCUGCUGAAUCUGCAAUAAGUAGUUGUCAACCAUUGGUUCCUUCAGAUUCAGAUAGCAGUGAAACAGAAUCAGAAGGUACAAGUGAUAAUGAUGACAAUAAAGUAGAAAGUGAUAACGAAGAUGACAAGGACAACAACAACGAUGAGCAAACAGGCUCUUCCUUGAAACGCAAAACAUCUAGCUUUGUUGAAGAGGGCUCAAGUCAAGCUGCUGGCAGAAAUGGGUCCAAAAAGCGGCCAAAGAUCGUUGAGAUGUGUUGAAACUUAAUUUGUUGGUAAAAGCUUGGUUUUAUAAGUUGAUGAUUAUAUGCUCUUUUUUCUUUGAGGUUAUAUUGUCAACUGAAGAGUUCUGUCAUGUCUUCCUUCUGUUCCUCCCCUGCCCUUGCUCUUCCCCCCCAAGUCUUUUUUCCCUGUGUUACUGGUCGUAGAUCGGUGAUGAGUAUUUUCAGAAGUACUAGAAAUGUAUUAAGGUUGUUAUGAUGAAUGAGUACGAACUGCAUUUAGGAGCCA